AUGGCUGAUCCCGAACUGGAAAAAAUUAGACAGCAACGAUUGGCGCAGUUACAAGCUCAACAUGGGGGCGGAGAUCCAAAUCAGGCUAAAGCUCAAGAAGAAAGAAUGCAAGCUAUGGAAGAAGCAAAACAUUCAAUUCUUUCUCAAGUUUUGAGUCAAGAUGCUAGAGCACGAUUAAACACAAUCAAGUUGAGCAAACCUGAGAAAGGUGCAAUGGUAGAAAAUAUGAUCUGUAGAAUGGCUCAAACGGGACAAGUCAAUACUAGAAUAUCUGAAAAAGAACUGAUUCAACUACUUGAAUCUCUUAAUCAACAGAUGCCUAAAUCAACCAGCACAGUAAAGUUUGACAGAAGGAGAGCUGCUCUUGAUUCAGACGAUGAUGACUUG